AUGGCGCAUAUACUAGACUUUAAGAAAAUAUGUCGGGCCUGUUUGUCAGAUGUAGGCCCUUUGAAGGAUUUGUUUACGUCUUGUUCUGCUGGCGUAUUUAAGUAUUGCACUUCCGUGGAGAUUUCAGAUUCAGAUGCUCUACCGAAAUUGAUUUGCCAGACGUGUUUAGAUUUAUUAAACAAAUUAUACUACUUCAAACAAGUUGUUGUAAGGUCAAAUGUUAUACUAAAACAACAGUACAGGUUGCAGAAUUUACAAACAAAAAAUGAUGAGCCAACCAGUGAAGGUAAUGAGAUUGUGGAAGUAAAUAUAACAGAGCUGACCGAAGAAGUUAAAAUGCAUGAAAAUAACAUGGCUACAGAUAGCUUAGAUAAUGCAAACAAUACAGAGAAACCAUCAGCAGAUGCUAUUCUAAUCAGUCAAAUCUUGCAAAGGCGAAGGAGACGGGGUCCUGGACGACCCCCGAAAGACCCCGACGGCCCGAAACGGAGAAGAGAACGUAUGAAAUGUAUGAAAUGUGGCAAGAGCUUUCAGAAAUAUGAGAAUUUCGAAGCUCAUAUGCGUGGACAUUUCGGGAAGAAGCCGGACAUAAAGUGCAAGCAGUGCGACAAAACGUUCCUGUCGCUGCGCAGCCUGAGCUCGCACGCGCGCACCCACUCCGCGGUACGCAAGUAUCAAUGCCCGGUGUGCGGCAAGAGCUUCGUAUACCGCAACGUGCUCAAGAACCACGAGCUCAUACACGCGGGCGUGAAGCGCCAUCACUGCCACAUAUGUGACGCCAAGUUCGUCCAGCCGUACAAUCUCAAGAUGCAUCUAGAUACCCACAACAAUCAAAAGAACUAUAGCUGCUCGCAAUGUGGCAAGAAGUUCGCCCAGCCCGGGAACCUCAAGAUACACUUGAUACGACACACCGGCAUCAAGAACUACGCUUGCAAUAUGUGCGAAAUGAGGUUUUAUAUAAAGGCGGAUCUGGUGAAGCACAUGAGAUCACAUUCCGCUGAAAAGCCGUUUUCGUGUCAACUCUGUGAUAAAACAUUCAAAAGCAGAAGUUUUCAGGCAAUACACAUGCGAACACACACCGGUGAACGUCCCUACGCGUGUGACCUGUGCCCUAAGAAGUUCAUGGCGAGGAAAGAUCUACGGAAUCACAGGAUGAUACACACCGGGGAAAAACCCCACAAAUGCCAGCUCUGCGAGCAAGCUUUCAUACAGAAAUGCGCUCUAAACAGACACAUGAAAGGCCAUAGUAAAGCAAACUUAGACGCACAAAACCAACUGCCGGUAAAUGCACCGACCGUUACCGUCUCUUAUGGAAAUUGGCAUAAU